AUGCCCAACAAGUCGCGCGAGCACAUGAAGCAGGCGACGCUCAAGCUCCACUCGACCGGCCAGGUCUCGCUCAAAGGCCGUCCGCCUCGCGCCACCGGCGCCUCGUCGCCCUCGCACCACCGACCCCUGCGCCCGGCCCACGCCGACUCGAAUUCGACGCAGGGAGGUCGACGCGGCGCCACCGCGGGCGGGCGAGCGUCCUCGUCUGACGACGACGACGACGCCGACCCGGGCCUCGAGGCGGCGGCGGCUCGCGAGCAGGACCUCGAGCAGGAGGGCGGACUGAGCAGCGGAACGGGCAGUGGGAGCGACAGCGAGGUGGACGCGCAGGUCGGACGGGCGAGCAGUCGGGCGAGGGAGAAGGGCGCGCAGAAGGCGGCGUCGAGCGAGGACGACGACGACGACGACGAGGUGCCACACCGACGGUCCCCCAGCAAGACGCGCCGCAGCACCAAGGCCCCAUCGGCCCCCUCCCUCCGCCGCCGUCCCCUCACCCCCUCCGCCUCCGACUCGGACAACGACAUCCUCCCCGUCAGCGGCAAGAAGCGCGCUCGACCUCGCUCGUCCUCUACUUCGGCUUCGGAGCAGGCGCCUAUCCGCCAGAGCUCGAGCAAGACCAAGAAGCGCGCUCGCGCCCCGUCAUCCUCGUCGGCCACGGCCUCGGAAGACGACGACCUGCCCAUCCCCGAGUCGAUCGUCGCCGACAACAAGCGCCGAGCCUCGAAGCGUGAGCACCAGCAGCAGGACGCGGCGCUGCGCUCGUCGGCCAAGAAGGACAAGGCGCAGGGCGCCAAGAAGCGCAAGCUCGCCGCGCUCACGCAGGGUCGACGCGACCGCCGCAGCGCCGACGAGGAGAGCGACGUCGACUUUGUCGUCGAGGACGACGUCGUUCAGUACGACUCGAGCGCGCAGGAGGAGGAGCAGCCGGCGCCCGUCAAGAAGGGCAAGGGCAAGGCCCGUGCGCGGGACGAGGACGAGCAGGAGGAGAGCGACGAGGCGCCGGCACGUCGCUCGUCGUCGUCACAGAAGGAGAAGGGGCGGCGGGCCAAGGACAAGUCGCGCGAGGAGGUCCAGCGCGAGCUCCUCGCGACCGACUCGGACGGCUCGGAUGCCGACGUCGGCGGCUCGUCGAGGCGGCGCAAGAAGGGCUCGUCGAAGCGUAAGAAGCGUCGGCGCCCGUCGAGCGACGAGGACGACGAGCCGGACGACCUCGAGAUCCUCGACGAGGAGACGGUGCGCGAGAACAAGUUCCGAGCGCGGCAAGACAAGUCGAGCCGGUUCGCGCAGCUCAAGGCGGCCCGAGAGCAACGCGCCGCCAAGAACAAGGCCAUCGUCCUCGACUCGGACGACGAGCCGCCCUCGACCGCCAAGGUCGCCUCGUCGCAGGCUCGCCACCCGCACUUCCUCGGCGAGACGUCGUCAUCGGGUUCGAGCUCGGACUCGGGCUCGGACGAGGACUCGGACGACGAGCCGGCGCGCCCGAGAAUGGCGACCGAGGACCUGAGCGAGGACCUCGACGGCUUCGUCGUCGACGAGAGCGACGGCGACGACCAGGUCGUGCACUCGUGGCGCGAGAGCGUCCGCGGCCAGUCGCAAGGGCUGCGGUACUUUGUCAAGAACUACCUCGCCUACCUCGUCUUCCUCAUCGUCGACCCGCAGUGCGACUGGCUCGCGUCGGACAAAGAGUGGAAGGACGCUCACCAGCGCGUGCAUGCCCACCUGUCGGGCCUCCUCAACUCGCUUGUCAGCAGCUCGGCGUGGAAGCCCAAGUUCAAGCACGCCGUCGACACGCGCCCGGACAUGUACCUCGAUGCGCUCGAGUCGGAGGAACGCGGCGUCGCCUGCGACGCCUGCACCAUGGGGAAAGCCCGCCACUCGACGUUCCGCGCCACCGUCUCUGGCCCCAAGUACGACCCCAAGACGCUCCAGCCCAUCGACGCCGAGGUCGACUCGUCCGACGAGAGCACCGAGGCCGACGGACGAGGAGGACGAGCGCGAGCGGCGUCGUCGGCGCAACAAGCGGUCCGAGGACAAGAUGUACGAGUUCGCCCUCGGCGCAUCGUGCGCAGCUCGCGCCGAGGUGUACCACGACCUGCGCCACUGGGCCUACAACACGCGUCAGCGCCUCGUCGACAAGCUCGACGCCGUGCGCCACUCGCUCCCCGCCCUCGCCGACGACGCUCCGCUCGGCACGUCGACGACGCAGGGCCGCGACGAGCGCAAGAAGCAGCGCGAGCGCGACAAGGCGCGGCGCGCGCGCGAGGCCGGCCGGCUCGUCGAGGAGCUCGAGCGCCGGCAGGUCAUGGGCGACUUUGCG